UUAGCAGCUCGGUCGUCGGCGGCUUCACUUCUGACGGUUUCGGACUCGCUGCUCCUUUUGUUUCGUGCGGAAUUGGACCAUUUUCUCGAUCUGGCAGGCUACUAUUCUAAUGAGCCUGACGUCAGAGGAAUACAUUGGUAUAAAAAGGCAGACAGAGGAAUUGGUUCAUUCAUAAAGAGUGCGGCGCAACCGAGGAGGGGCGGACAGGCGCUACUACACCACACGGUUUUUGGAAUAGCUGUUCAUUGACAAACGGGAAACUGGAUUCAAGGGGAGACAAAUCGUGGCUCGUCAGCGACUGGGAGGACAUGUACCAGGGAUUCUCAGGCGACUUCGACUCGGCUUCUCGCUGUAGUUCUUCCCCGUCGGAACCUCAGUACCUGUCAUCCGUGGAUUCCUUCAGUCAGAGUAUAGGCAGUCCCACCACUGCAGCCCAGGAGUGUACCACGGGCGUUGGGGAGAUGCCGGGAUCCUUUGUACCAACCCUGACCGCCAUCACCACCAGCCAGGAUCUUCAAUGGAUGGUUCAACCGACUGUCAUUUCCUCAGUGGCUCAGACUCAGACCCAAUCUCACCUUCCCCCCAUGGCUCAACCCUCCAUGGAUCCAUAUAACCUCCCCGGGACCAGCUAUUCCACCCCAGCUAUGUGCUCAUACAGCACCGGAGAGCCAUCAAAACCCACCCGAGCCAGUCGCUCUCGGAGGGCACGUGAUGAAACGCUCACCGCCGAGGAAGAGGAGAAGCGCCGCGUCCGCCGGGAGAGGAACAAACUGGCCGCCGCCAAAUGUCGGAACCGCCGCCGGGAGCUGACCGACCGCCUGCAGACCGAGACGGACCAGCUGGAGGAGGAGAAAGCCGAGCUUCAGUCUCAGAUCGCCGAGCUGCACAAAGAGAAAGAGCGGCUGGAGUUCGUGCUGGUCGCUCACAAGCCAGCCUGCAAGAUCCCGUUCCAGGACCCUCUCAGCCCGCAGCCCAGCGCUGCCAGUGCCGAGGUGAGCUCUCUGGGAUUGCCUAUUACCCUGGAUGGGAAGGAGCCCCCAUUGACCGGGAGCUACCCGUCGGGCUAUCAGCUGCCGGCGGAGGUACCGUUCAGUAGCCCCUUCUAUCCGCCUUGUGAGACUGUCCAGUCCUUUUUGAAUACUAGCCCCAACGCCUCAUACACGUCUUCAUUUGUGUUCACCUACCCAGAGGGAAGCAGUUGCGGCCUCGUCCACCAGCGGAACAGCAGCAGUGACCAAUCCUCGGACUCUUUGAACUCGCCAUCGCUGCUGGCUCUCUAAUCUGCUUUCACCUCACUUCACUCCCCAGCGCCCCGGGGCUGCUUUAAACCCCCCCCACCCCCCCCCCCCCCCCCGAGGCCCGUCCUCCCCCAGCAGCCCGGGAUACCCGGGGGGAGGGUGGGGUGGGGGAAGGAGGGAGGGAGAGGGGAUUGGGGCGGGCUCUGGAGGAAGGGGGUGAAAUCGCCUGCCUGCCUCGUUCUUUGUUCGCCUUGCCCCCCCCCCCCCAACCCUCUCUCUGUCCACCUCGCUGCCCCCGGGGAGGAGGGGAGAGGAUGGGGGGUGGGGGGGUCAAAGCGUCAUGAACAACACCCCACCACCCACACACACACACACACACACACACACACACACACACACACUGCCAAAUAGCUCCUCUUUGCCACUCCAAAAUAUAAAAAGGUGGCGGAGAGGAGCAACCAGCGUGGCGGAGCCAGUCAAGCGUGCUUUGCAUUUCCGAAGCUGCACUGUUACUACACCAAGGCGCUCCCGAAUGUACUGUCACCCAGAACCCUGACCCAGCGAAUGUCUUGCUGACGGAGUGUUGCCCUCGAUACCCUCUCUGCAUUAGUCGGCUGUACCCGAGAGGGUGUUUGCAACCCCUCCCUGAUGUAAAGACGGACUGAGCUGUUUCACUGACGGUGGAACUAAGGGGGGCAAUUCUGCUUUGAACGUUCCACCGCUUCGCCGGGGACCUGCUCUCUCUAACAUACUGUGAAUCCAGACAUUUUGUGAAAUAAUGACAUGUUUUAUUGUGUGUGUGUGUGUGUGUGGCUGAGAGGGGAGAGGGGCGAUGUACUUUCUUCAUUGUAAGGGAAAUGCUCCCCUUCCAAUUGAACAAGAUGUGAAGUUUUAUAUUUUUAGACUAGUUUUAAUCUAUCUGGACCUUCGGGAAGCCAAAAGCAGAAAAGAAGGGGGUGGGGAGGUAAUCACUGGUUUUAUAUCCCGCCUGGUUAUUAAACUCUGUAAGGGACAGGCAAAUCAGUAGGCAUGUAAAACCGGCCCAAUCACCUGGGAUUUUUGAGUUAAAGUCUCUUCCCUCUUCCUACCACCCCCCCCCCCCCACCCCGUCCCCUUCAGAUGGGAUGGGGUUUGCAGCUGUGACCUGGCAUUUUCACAAGCCCUCGCCCCGAGAAAUGCUCCAUCCUUGCCGCGAAGUCUGCCUCUCCCAACAGGCGCCGCUAGGUUGGCGAGGUAAAGAUUCAAUCGGAUCACUUCUUCCGCCCCCCCCCCCCACCUUGUUCUCCCGAAACGGCCCUCUUCCUCUGAACAUCUCAGUGCAUGGCCAAGAAACUGACUUUUGUGGUGCCCCUGCAGUCGAAUAGCCGCCCCACCACAAGGGGUGCCUUGGUGGGAGCGCCUUCGGGAGGGGCAGGGGCGGAGAGAUUUGAGGGGGAAACCAAUCCGGGCAGAAGUUAUACAGUAACAACACUGCCAGUUCUGUAAGAAUGAGGGAGGAAACACCUUUCUAUUGUCAUAUCUGGGGCACAGGGUUUGUCCUUCAACAGCAACGCCCAAGUCAGGUGGCAGAGGUCUCCCUUUCCAGAACCAGAGACGGCCCCUUCCAGGUAGAAUCUGGCCCUGCCUCUUUGGCACACCAACUCCCCCCCCCCCGCCCCCCUCCCCACCCCAACCCUACCCCACCCUACUGUGGCUCACCUAGACCUGGUCACCCAUAUCAACUCUGGCCACCAGCCCAGACUGGUGUAAAAGCUUUGUUUGACUUUAAACCACUGAGAUGGGAGGUGAGAGGAGGAAAGUGCACCUGAUAUUUCUGUGCAAUGCAGGAGGUUUGCUCCCUUUAACUAUUGUGCUGAAUGCAGAAUAUCACAUCUAAGUUAUUGUAUUUUAAUCAAUAUUUAAUGUAAUUUGCAAAACAGGUAAACAUUAUGUCAAACUGGCUGACUACAAUGAUGUAUUUAAGCUUUUGCAAUGAUCUAAUGAAUAGCCAACAGUUCUAGCCUGUGUUCACAUCUUACUUGACAUUCCUAAAGCUGUGUGUCAAUGCAAACUCAAACCUUGGGUCGCUACUGAGCUUAUCCUGGUUCAAGCAACUGUAAUCGGACAUGGUGGGGAAAGGGGCGAGGUCCAUGGGGGGGGGGGGGGGUGUUUGUGUCUGUGUGUGUGUGUGUAGAGGGGGUGGGAGAGGAAAUGCUGCUCACCCUGUCCACAGAGGAUCAGGCGCUUGACUUGAAAUGAAGUUUGCGACCCAAAGCCCUGCCCUCCUCCCCUGGCGGAGUUGCUGGCUUAGACUGAACUGCAGUUGGGAAUGGCUACAUCCCCCCUCAGGAGCAGAGAAGCAGUGAGAUGAUCACUGCUCCAGUCUCCCAUGGGCUUAGCUGGUACCUCCCUUCCUGUAUGAAGGAUAAUGCAUCUCCCACCAAUUGGCAGCCUUGCUACAGCAGGCUCCAUUUUAUACUUUUUAUAUUUUAAUAUUUAUUUUUUUAUUUCUAUAUGUACUUUUAAAACAUGCAACAUUUUCUUUGCAAAAAAAAGACCAGAUUGAAUUCAGGACUAACUGUACAAAAUGUCUGGAGCCAUAAACAAUUUACUGACUUGUAAACAGAUUCCUAAAAGGGGAACAAUUAAAAUCAGUCCUGCUGUGUGUCAGACUAUAGGAUACAAAAACUACUGACCCCCGCCCCUUGUUCCUUUUCCUUUGUAUGUAGUCUUGGUGUGGGAAACAAUCUGCUUCAAACUGCCACUGCUUAUCAAGUGUUAGUCCAUCAAUAGUGUCUAGUUUUUAAGCUCUAGUUACUUAAAGCUUUUAAAAAAAAAUGUUAAAAUUUAUGUCAAAAAACUGCAUGGAGACCAGCUACAACAUUUCAAAACCAGAUCUGUUAUUUACUGUGACACGGGAUUAACUCAGACUGUGUUACCGCAGACGAUUGUAUACUGUAUGUUCCUGUGUCUGUACUAUGACAAUGUUCAUGGUUGUUUAUCAAAAAAUUAUAUUGUAAUUAUUUCAAAAAUAUUGAAAUCUAUUUCUGAAUUUGUGACUGUAGAGUUGUGUGUAUAUAUUGUGGCAUUGCAAUAGGCUUUAAGCCAGAUUUGAGAGUAGAAAUUGUUGAAGAGUGGUUCCCUCACCCAGUUUGGGAAUACAAUUGUUAGCCCCACUCCUGGUACUCAAACUGUAAUGCUCAACCUGUACCACUGCCACCUCUCCACCACACAUCAACCCAGUAAUACUACUGACCACUGCUUGAGUCAUUGAAUGUAUUGAAGGCCAAGAUGGACAAGUAUUUGGUCUGUAGGAGGGUUGAAGGUCGUGGGGAACAGGGGACAAUGCCAAGAUUGGAUCAGCCCCGAUCUCUAUGAACAGUGGAGCAGGCUUGGAAGGUCUGAACAGCCUCCUCCUGCUCCCAUUUCUUGUGCUUGCCAAGGUGUGCCCCGUCACCCAAGGCCUGGACAGAUCCACUGCCAGAUUCAGGAUGUGGUGCUGACAUUGUGGUUCCACUGAGGGGAGCGGCAGUUUCCAGUGGUACAAUCUACUGCCUGUUCUAAGGGGCUUUGGAAGGAAAUUAAUGCCCUCUUCGCUGGAGAGGAUCCCAAAGCAUUGGGUGGGGAGGGGGGGAGAAUAAGUGGACCUUUUUUAUAUGCAACCAUUCACAUGGGGAUCAGGGUUGUUCUAAUUUUUACUCUCAAAUGUGUCACAACUCUGGGAGAUCGACACAGCCCUGUGCGUUCCUUCUCUCCAGCUUGUGUUGCCGUCGGUGGGAUCAGCAUAACCUGCUGGAUGCCUGGGCAUGACUUAAUUAAACCAAUUCAGUCAGGACCAUUCACUGUACCUCCGUCUCCAACCCAAGCAUUCCACAGUUUCUGGAUGGGGUGGAGGUGGGGACAACACUUUAAGUGAAACUGAUAUUGAGCCACACUUUAAAAUCUUGAACGAUUAGUCAUUCUCUCCAUCUUAAGGACUUCAACCUCCUUGUGUCUGUCUUUCCCCUUCUCGAGUGUAUUUCUGUGCAUCUCUUUCUCUCCUGCUCCAUCUUCCUCUGCCUUAUUCUGCCUCCCUCCUGUCUCUGCAGUUCCCUGUGUGUGUGUGCGCCUCUGUUCUUCAACACCUGCUCUCCCUCUCUCUGCCUCUCUGUGUGUCCAUGACUUUGAUUUCCACCCCCCCCCCACUUCCUCAUUUUCUGACCAUUACCCUGACAUGCCCUCGAUCCACCAGAGUUCAAUGCACUUUGUGAAAUUAAGGUUUAUUUUGAUAUUUAUAAAUAUUUUGCUCCCUGUUACACAGUGAAAUCUGAGUUUGUUGCAUCAAUAAUCUGCAUGAAAACUGAAAUUUGCAAUGUUUUACUAUGUGUUAAUAAAGGAACCAUUGAUGCUAAA